CUAGCUCGGCUUGGAUGUUGCCUCGUGAACUACCCUGAAGAGACUUUGAUGCCCGGCGAGAUUCGACCCACACUCAGGCGGACCAAAGGCAUACAUGAUUUGAGCAUCCCUCAUCGUACUAAGCUUGUCAACGCUCUCAAGACAGGCACCCUCACUAUUCGAGCCAUCACGAGCAAUGCUGCCCACUUACGCCUCUUGACGUCCAAGGACCCAGUUAUCAUUGGAGAGGCACUGUCACAUCGCUCAAUCCACCCUCGCGGGCGACGUGCAUUCGCAGACGGCGACAUUGACCAAAAAGGGCCUUGCCGUCUCCCCUCACCUCCUGCUACACCAACUACUCGCCCUGCUACACCAUCUACUCGUCCUGCAACACCUCCUGCAACACCUCCUGCACCACUUCCUGCACCACCUCAGCCUACAACUUCUGCUAUUCGUCGUCGUGUCCAAGUUUUUGUAGAAAUAUCACGCCCGCCACCC